UUGAAAUAUUAUUUAGAAUUUCCCGCUCCAUUCAAAGUUGAUCGCUUGUUGAAAGUAAUCAGACUUCAUUAAAAACUAAACUUAUUCCGUAGAAGACGAUGAUUUAUGCACCACGACAGAAUAAUGGAUGAUAUUGACAUGAAAGAAUUUUUACUUCAGCUGCAUCAGUGCUAUUUACCAUUGUUUAAAGACUAAAGGAAGAUGUUAUACACCAUAGGUAUAAUACUGUAUGGUGGAAUUACUGCGAAAUAUUUCCAACAAGUUGAGAUUAAUAGCAACAUUUCUCCAUAAAGCUUGCUAAAAUAUAUACAAGGCAAUUUUGCAAUUUAACUAAACUUAAAUUGCAAAUGAGUUUGCACUCUUUUCGGAUAUCACAAACGGAACAUCUGAUGGGAGUGUAGCAGAAGAGAUAUUUGUCGAGAAGACAACGUACAUCAAAGAGAAGAGAAUAUCUUCAUGUUGUAAGUUAAAAAGAAUUAUGGAAAAUCAAUUAUCUGAAAAGAAAGUAAAUUGUAAAAGACAGUAUAAGAAGAUGAACUUCUCCAGUAAGAUAGGAAAAACAUCAUACCACUGUGAUAUCUGUAAAAAGUCAUUCAAUCAGAAAAGUAACCUAACUACUCACAAACAUAUUCAUUCAGGAGUCAAGCCAUAUUACUGUGAUAUAUGUGGUAAAUCUUUCUCUCAAAAAAGUUGCUUUUCUCGACACAGGGAUAUUCACAUAGGAAAGAAGCCAUAUGAUUGUGAUAUUUGUGGUAUAUCAUUCACUCAAAAGGGUAACCUAACUACUCACAUGCGUAUUCAUACAGGAGAAAAACCAUAUCAUUGUGGUAUCUGUGGUAAAUCAUUUUCUCAAAGUAAUGACUUGACUACUCACAAAAGAAUUCAUACAGGAGAGAAGCCAUAUCAUUGUGAUACUUGUGGUAAAUCAUUUUCCGAAACAACUCACUUAACUACUCACAAACGUAUUCACACAGGAGAGAGACCUUAUUACUGUGAUAUAUGUGGUAUAUUAUUCACUCAAAAAGGUAAUCUAACUGUUCACAAACGUAUUCAUACAGGAGAAAAACCAUAUGACUGUGAUAUUUGUGGAAAAUCAUUCUCCGUAAGUAGUAGCUUAACUACACACAAGCGCAUUCAUACUGGAGAAAAGCCAUAUAACUGUGAUAUCUGUGGUAAGUCUUUCUCUGAAACUGGUAACUUUUAUAAACACAAGCGUAUUCAUACAGGUGAACAACCAUAUCACUGUGAUGUCUGUGGAAAAUCAUUCUCUCAUGGAAGUACUUUAAUUACUCACAAGCGUGUUCAUACUGGAGAAAAACCAUAUCACUGUGAUAUCUGUGGCAAAUCUUUUUCUCAGAGUAGUUCAUUGACUGUUCACAAGCGUAUUCAUACAGGAGAGAAACCAUAUGACUGUGAUAUCUGUGGCAAAUCAUUCUCUGAUGGAAGUGUCUUAAAUAAACAUAGGUACAUUCACAGUUCAGAAAAACCAUAUCAUUGUAGUAUCUGUGGUAAAUCCUUUUCUAAAAUUAGUUACUUAACUAAACACAGACAUAUUCAUACAAGAGAGUAACUGUAUUGCUGUGAUAUCUGUGAUAAAUCAUUCUGUGAAAGAAGAGAAACCACACGAGUGUAACGUCUGUGAUAGUUCAUUUUAUCAAAGAAGUAUUUGACAAGAACUUUUUUUAACCAAUUACCCCAAAACAUAUUUUCUUUAUGCCAACGUUACCCCUUUGAUUUGAAAAGAAGAAAAUCAUAGAUUCUUUGGAUUCAGAAGGUUUAUUGACUCUAUUUAUAUGGAGAGAAUAGAAUUAUAAAUAUAAAAAGUAUGAAACAAAUGUGAUAAAAUAUCCUGAUUUUGAAACAAAAGGGAUUUUCUAGAAACUUUUUCACUUCAGGUUAUGGAGAUAUGAUGUUGACAACGCCUUAGCAACCAAAUUGUUUGUAAUUCAAAAUGGCUUGAUGUCUCUGAAACACUUGCAUUACAUUGGACAGAUGCAGUGUUGCUAAAAAAAAAAAUUUCUGUCAUAUCAAGGAACACAUUUUUUUUAUAUAAUUUUAUUUAUGUCUAAUGAAUCCUCACUCCCAAGAAUUUCAUUUUUACACCACUUGUAAUUUACCCCCAGUUUGCUGACCCCUGAACUAGAUGGGUAUAUUCACUCUUGACGAAAAAGAAAAAUCAUGUAAUAUAUGUAUUAUAUCAUUCUUUCAAAAAAUGUCACUUAUCUAUUCAUAAUCUGUUGAUAUUGUAGAGUAGCUGUAUCUCUCAAUAUUCAUUCUCUGACAAUAAUUACUUAUGGAGAUAUGAUGUUGACAACGCCUUAGCAACCAAAUUGUUUAUAAUUCAAAAUGGCUUGAUGUCUCUGAAACACUUGCAUUACAUUGGACAGAUGCAGUGUUGCUAAAAAAAAAAUUUCUGUCAUAUCAAGGAACGCAUUUUUUUUUAUAUAAUUUUAUUUAUGUCUAAUGAAUCCUCACUCCCAAAAAUUUCAUUUUUACAUAACAACUUUAUAUAACAACUACAGCCGUGGCUGUGUGAAUAUGAAUUUUGCUUUGAAGCACAUGGAUUCAGGUUCUAUCUCAUUGUGUGGCACCAUGGGCAAGUGUCUUCUGUUACAGCCUUGGGACGACCAAUGCCUUGUGAGUGUAAUUGGUAGAUGGAAGCUGGUUUAUGUGUGUGUGUGUGUUUGCACAUGCACAUAUAAAUGUUUACAUUCAGUGUGUCUUUUCUUGAUACAAUUUGAGAGAAAUAUGGUGAGUCCUGUUUAGCUCUUCCCUAUACAAGACAUCCUGUAACUCUGUGUCUUUGAGGAAAAGUUGAAAUGAAAUACCAAAAAAAAAUUUCUUUCUUAAAGUACAAGUAAGGCUUGGCAACUAUCCCAAUAAAUCUCCGUCCAAAACCCAGGAUAUCAUGGAAAAUCAGGUGCAAAAAUGAACUAAGACAUACAAUGAUAUUUUUAAUAAAGGCAUUCUUUAAGAACAUCCAUAUAUAUUCUAUAUAAUCUAUUUCCAGAAGGGAGGAAAGAUACAAUUGAUUUGACAUCAUGGGUGAAUAGCUAGAGAAAUGUAUUCUCAUAAUUGACCAUAGAUUUUGGGUGAACACAAACCAUGUAAACAUUUUAUAACACUUUCAAUGGAUAUAUGUAUGAUUUUUUGAUAUUCUGAAUUUUAUGUAUCAAAGAUUGUAAGGAAUGGAAAAGGUAAAU